UCUCAUCUCCCUUUUUCUCUCUCAUGUUCUUGAAACACUCCUCCUCUUGACUAUCGUGCUCCUACACACGAGCUGGUUGAGUCCUCUUUGACCAUACCCCAGCGCCGGAAACUUGGGUAGUUUUUCGACAUCAUGUCUGAGAACAAGGAGAUAGAUCCUCCACAAGUAGCAUCUGUCGACCCGAGCGAGGACGAGCUGCCAGCUGUCCGGGGCCCCGUUUCGUACAAAGUAUGGCUUGUUCAAAUCCUGUACCUCAUGGAAAGAGCAGCUUUCUACGGCCUCAGCCAGCCCCUCCAAAACUACCUUCAGCUUUCUCGAGAUGACCCUGUUCGCCCGGGGGGUCUUGGCCUAGGGCAGGCAAGAGCAGUGCUGGUAUUAUAUGUUUGGUUCGCAUACAGCUACAGCACGCCUCUAAUUGGAGGACUGCUGUCCGACUGUUGGCUCGGCCGUCGUAAGACGAUUCAAAUUGGAUUCAUAAUUUACGCCUUGGGACUAGCUAUUAUCACUGCUACGGCUUUCACGGAGCGUAUCUACGGCGCGGGCGGCCUCCCCGGUUUCGUAGUGGGCAUGUUCCUUGUCGGCGCUGGCACAGGAACUGUGAAACCCAAUAUAACAGUCUUCUUAAUCGAUCAGCUCCCCGAAGAGGAACCCAAAGUCGUGAAAUUGAAAGAUGGGAGCUCAGCGGUGACGAGUCGUGAACUUACGAUUCGGUUGAUAUACAAUGUCAAUUACUGGUGUAUCAAUGUCGGGGCUUUAUUCGGUAUCGUAACGACUAACGUGGAACUGCAUGCCGGCUUUGGAUUUGCCUUUCUAAUUCCCCUUGGCUUGAUCAUUGCAUCUGCAACAGGCUUCCAAGUGGCAUAUUUAAAAUUCGAGACGGCACCAUCUACCGGCAACGCCAUCGCGAAUGUCUUCAACGCAUUGCGUCGUCGUCGAGAGGCAGCCCAGCGCACCGCAGAUCAGACAACAGAAGUUGCGAAGCAAUCAUCUGGCCAACAAGAAGAUGGCACGCCAACUCCAGAGCAAGAUGCGGCCGUAAUCGCUGACGCAAAGCGCGCAAUCCGAGCUUGUCUAGUAUUCCUCCCUUUCCCGGCUCUAUUUUUGUCUAUAAAUCUCAUGGACACUACCCUCGUAGCGCAAGCCGGCUCGAUGCAGACCCACGGCCUGCCGAACGACAUCCUGUUCAGCCUGAAUCCGAUAUCCGUUUUGGUCUUCUUGCCCUUCUUCCAGAACUGGAUCUAUCCCGCGCUGGCGAAGAGAAAGAUUGACUUCUCACCCAAGCACCGCGUCGGCGCAGGCCUUUUCUGUGCCGCACUUGCGAUUGGAUAUGCUGCAGGAAUUCAACACCUAAUAUACGUCACCGGCCCAUGUUUCGAUCGUCCACUGAAGUGCCUCGGUGGAGGCAUACCUAAUGACGUGAGCGUCGGGGCUCAAACGCCAACUUAUGCAUUCCUCGGAUGGGCAGAAAUCCUUGCCAUAGUGUCGGGCACUGAACUUGCUUAUUCCCGGGCUCCGGGAAGCAUGAAGUCGAUCGUCCAGGCUCUCUUCAACAUUUUCAGCGCCUUGGGCUCGGUGCUGGGUAUCGCUGUGUCGUUUGCCGCCUACGAUCCCAACAUGGUCAUUGUAUAUGGAGCCAUCACCGGGUUGUUGCUUUUGGCCAGCUUUGGGUUGGAGGCUACCAUGUUCGUCAGGGGUAAGUAAAGGCUCCAGCUGAACGGUCAAAUCUGGGGUUCCUAUGGGAAUACCCAAGAACACGUCGCAAGUUAUUUUGGGGUUGCCGCAUGAUCCAAUAUUGCCAUGGCAGACCAAUACAUAUUGAAUAGAGGAAGCGGAAAAGGGUGGUAGAAUAAAGAUGUCGUGAGAUAUAGUUUAGAACAAUCAAAAUUAUAAGAUUAUUUUAAUCAAGAGAAUCGUUCUCCUAUUCAA